CCCGCCUCAGGCUCCCCCCGCGCCCCGGCGUCCUGCACCGCGCCGCGCUCGGUUUGCGCUACAGCGGGACAGGUUCAGGGUUGUUAGUUGCAGCUCAAGAUGCUACAGAAGAUGAGGAAGCUGUGGAGGAUACUGUAGUUGAAGAUGAAGAUGAUGAAGCUGAAGUUGAAGAAGAUGAGCCAACAGACUUGACAGAAGAAAAAGAGGAAGAAGACUUGUCAGGAGAACCUAAAGCCUCACCUAGUGCUGAUACAACCAUCUUAUUUGUGAAGGGUGAAGACUUCCCAGCAAACAACAUUGUGAAAUUCCUGGUGGGCUUCACCAAUAAGGGUACAGAGGAUUUCAUUGUCGAGUCUCUUGAUGCUUCUUUCCGGUAUCCUCAAGACUACCAGUUUUAUAUCCAGAACUUCACAGCUCUCCCUCUGAAUACAGUAGUUCCACCACAGAAACAAGCCACGUUUGAGUACUCUUUCAUCCCUGCUGAGCCUAUGGGUGGUCGUCCUUUCGGACUGGUUAUCAAUCUCAACUACAGGGAUGCAAAUGUAAGCCUGAUACU